AAUACGAAAGAAUGGACAUCGGUUCAUCGUUUCCUCCUCCAAAUUUCCAACAAUUCCAACAACAAUUCCACUGCAGAAACAAUAAGCAAAUCUGCAAAUUCCCUGAGACAAUAUCUCAAAAAGUCUCACCCUCCCCACACUCACUCGCCUCGCAAAUUCCCCAACAUUACUCACCUCACUUCACCAUCACCACCACUUUACACACACUUUCUCUCUCUUCUCUCCACUUCGCUGCUGAUCAUCACACACAAAUGUAAUAAAAACAUUCCAUAAAAUAAAUAAACAAUGGACCCUACGACGAUACCACCCCCCGCGCAGUCACCCAGCAGCCCCACAGUAACACCCACCCCCACCAGCACAACACUCCCCACCCCGGACCCCACCAGCGAAGACUUUGUAAUAGUCCCAUCACCAACAUCCGAUGAUAUCAUCACGUUGAAAAUACAAGUCCUCCGCGCCUUCAUCCCCCGCACGACGCACCUCACCUCCACGACCUCGACCUCCACAGCGUCCUCCCCGCCCCCGCUCCCCUCCACCUCCAGCACCACGUCCACCCUCGUUAACGGAUUAUCACAGAAACUCCACCAAACUCUAUCCAAGCCGAAUCCGUACGUGGAGGUCGGGGUGGACGGGGUUUUUAGAAAGACAGAGGUCAAGAGGGGGACCUUCAAUCCGCAGUGGGUGGACGGUGGGGCCAGUGGGACCGCUGGGACCGGGGAGGGAGAGUGGUUUUCAUUCCCCCUGCCUCGCUCCUCCCUCACCACUGCUACCACACCAUCCACCACCACCACUACCACUACACCACCUCCCCCCACCAUAACCCUCCGCCUGAACGACUACUCCCUCCUGCUCCGCAAACACCUCACGACCAUCGGUUCCACGACCCUCGCCCCGAAAGACCUCCUCAAAUCCACCCAAGAAAUAAACUUAGAACUGAAAGACGACGCUGGGCGUAAGGGAGCUGGGAAUUUAGUGAUAAAAGUCACGUGGGAUGGUGGGAUCCGACCCAUUCGACCCCCGCGUCCUACUACUCGACCCCCCGUGGAGCAAACUUUGCCUCCCGGAUGGGAAGUCAGAUACGACCAGUUCGGGAGGCGGUACUACGUCGAUCACACAACCCGCUCGACAACCUGGGAACGCCCCGGAGACGACCUCCCCUCCGGCUGGGAGAUGCGUCGCGACCCCCGCGGCCGGUGUUACUUCCUCGACCACAACACCCGCUCCACGACCUGGCAACGGCCGUCCACCGAACGCCUCGCCCAUUUCCAGUCCUGGCAGGGCAUGCGAGCAGGGAUUUUACUCCAAGGAAAAUCCCGCUUCCUCUACCAACCACAACCCACGGCGGCUGCACCCACGAGCGGGAUCAUCCAUGGGGACGUGGAUGCGGACGUGGAGACCCUGGGUCCACUCCCGGAUGGGUGGGAGAGGAGGGUUCGGCCAGAUGGGAGGACUUACUGGAUCAAUCAUGUUAACAAGACGACCCAAUGGGAGGACCCCCGCGUGAUGGGGACCAACGACUCCACAACCUCGAGUGACGGGCUCCCACCCGGCUGGGAGAUCCGCGUCACGGAGGAUGGAGUGGAAUACUUUGUCGACCACAAUACCAGGAGCACGACUUUUAACGAUCCUAGGGAGCCGUCGGAUAGUUCCGUGGUCUCUGCGGGAGGAGGGGCGGCCGGGUACACCACCCCACACGUGGUUUACGAGCGCUCCUUCAAGUGGAAGAUCCUCCAGUUCCGCUACUUAUGUUCCUCCAACGCGCUUCCCUCGCACAUAAAAAUCACCGUGAGUAGGAGCACCCUGUUUGAAGACUCCUUCCACCAAAUCAUGCGUCACCCGGCGUAUGAGCUGAGGAGGAGAUUGUACAUCGUGUUUCGCGGUGAGGAGGGGUUGGACUACGGCGGGGUGGCCAGGGAGUGGUUUCUGCUACUUUCCCAUGAAGUGCUGAACCCAAUGUAUUGUCUCUUUGAGUAUGCGAACAAGAAUAAUUACAAUCUGCAGAUCAACCCCGCCUCCUACGUGAACCCCGACCACCUCCACUACUUCAAAUUCAUUGGUCGUUUCAUCGCCAUGGCUCUGUAUCACGGGAGGUUCAUCUACUCUGCUUUUACGAUGCCCUUCUUUAAGCGGAUGCUGGGGAAGAAACUCGUCGCGAAGGAUAUAGAGUCUGUCGAUCCAGAGUUUUACUCCUCGUUGGUCUGGCUCCGUGACACGGACCUCGCCACCUCCCCCGAGGCCGAGUCAUUAGAACUCUACUUCUCCGUUGAUUUCGAAAUCCUCGGCCAAGUGAUCCACCACGAACUGAAAGAGAACGGGGAUGCCGUGCGGGUCGUGGAGGAGAACAAGGAGGAGUACAUUGGAUUAAUGACCACCUGGCGGAUGACCCGCGGGAUCGAAGAGCAAACCCGCUCCUUCCUCGAGGGCUUCAACGAAGUCGUCCCCCUGGAAUGGCUGAAAUAUUUCGACGAACGAGAACUAGAACUCUUACUCUGUGGAAUGCAAGAGAUCGACGUGGACGACUGGCAGAGGAACACGAUUUACAGACACUACACAAAAACCAGCAAGCAGGUCACCUGGUUCUGGCAGUUCGUCAAAACAGGGAUGGACAAUGAAAAGAGGUCACGGUUGCUGCAGUUCGUCUGCGGGACGUGCCGUGUCCCCGUGGGCGGGUUCGCUGAGCUGAUGGGCUCUAACGGCCCCCAGCGAUUCUGUAUAGAAAAAGUAGGAAAGGAAACCUGGCUGCCCCGUUCCCACACUUGUUUUAAUCGCCUGGACCUCCCUCCAUUCAAAUCCUACGAGGCUCUGGUUGAUAAAUUAAACUAUGCAAUUGAAGAAACUGAAGGGUUUGGACAAGAAUAAAUAAAGACUAUUUAUUUGACUUUGAGGAAGAGUGA